CGUGGACCUUUAGAAUAUCUUUUCUGAACAAAGUGAUAAAACGUGAAGAACGACGAUGUAGGAUGAAAUUAGACUAUAAUUAGAGAUCUGUUAAAAAUUAUUAUACGUUUUCUUCUUAUUCCAUGGUAUAUACUCCUUAUCUCUCUACUGCCAUGUCAAUUGAUACGCAGAAUGGUCAAUUUGUCGAUAAGGAUACGGGAAGGGUCGUAAUCCUCCGUGGUGUUAACCUCGCUGCUUCAAAGAUACCAAACAAUAGUCCCACUCAAGAGAUAGGGAAUCACUAUGACGACGCUGAGAAUGGUUCAGUUAGCUACUCAGAUAGACCAUUCGAUAUGUCAACUAUCGAUACACACUGUCAGCGGCUCAAAUCAUUCGGCUACAAUUGCAUACGUUACGUAAUUACAUGGGAAUCUCUCGAAUCUAAAGGACCUGGUAUAUACGAUGAGUCAUUUAUUGAUCACACAAUAAAAACAUUAAGGAAAUUAAAAUCUUAUGGUUUCUAUGUAUUUUUAGAUCCACACCAAGACUUAUGGUCCCGUUUCGUCGGUGGAUCAGGUGCACCUAUAUGGACUAUACAUGCCUGUGGUCUACAACCAAGAAACUUUUCAACAACUGAGUCAGCACUAUUACACAAUGAAUGGAAAGAUGGUCCACAGAACUUCCCAGACAUGAUUUGGUCAACGAAUUACUACCGAUUGGCAUGUUACACCAUAUUCACACUCUUUUUCGCUGGAAAGAAAUACGCACCUUUGUGCAAGAUUGAUGGUGUAAACAUACAAGAUUAUUUGCAAGGACAUUACAUUAGAGCAUUCAAGCACCUCGCUGAAGCCAUACAUGCUGCUGGUGAUCUCGAAGAUAGUUGCGUAUUAGGAUGGGACUCAAUGAAUGAGCCCUCAUGUGGUUUAAUCGGUUACGAGAAUCUCGGCAAGUUGUAUGACGAACAGAAAGUAAAAUUAGGCAGUUGUCCAACACCACACCAGGCAUUUAUGCUUGGUAGCGGUUAUCGUACGACAGUUCAAUAUUGGGAGUUUACAGCUUUAGGUCCAAAAAGGAGGCGGGAUGUCGUCGUUGACCCUGGCAACACUUCAGCAUGGCUCAGUCCAGAAGAAGAGCCCGAUGGUAAAUCGCGAUGGGGAUGGCAACGAGAUCCUUAUUGGAAAUUAGGCAAAUGUAUAUGGGCACUCCAUGACGUCUGGGACGAUCAAACAAAAAAGCUGAAACAACCGGAAUAUUUCAAAGAAGUUCCUCAACCUUUCGUAGAUAUACACUGGAAAGAAUUUGUCACUGAGUGGUCGUCGAAUAUAAGGAGUGUACAUUCUAAUGCUAUCCUUUGGAUAGCACCACCUGUUUUCGAAAGACCAUGCUCUUUCAAAGAUGACACUUUAGGAGGAAGGGCAGCCCUAUCACAUCAUUAUUACGACGGUUUAACGCUUAUGACCAAGCAGUGGCAUUGGUUUAACGCAGAUGCAGUCGGUUUAUUAAGACACAUGUACAAAUCUGUUCUUUUCGCUUUAAAAUUCGGAGAGAAGGCUAUUCGUAACUCCUUGAGGAAUCAACUCGGAGCACUCAAAGAUGAUGCUUACCUUCUAUCGUCGAAGCAUUAUCCUACAAUGAUUGGCGAGAUUGGUAUACCUUACGAUAUGAAAUCUACAAGGAAAGGAAAAUGGAAAGGUGGUUACGGCGACCAACGUAAAGCUCUGGACGCAUCUUUGAAUGCAUGUGAUGGAUCCAAUUGCUUGAGUUAUACUUUAUGGUCUUAUGUCGAUUUCAACAGUCAUGAAUGGGGAGACGGAUGGAAUGGCGAGGAUCUAUCGAUAUGGUCAAAAGAUGAUAUGAAUAGUGAUACUACUAAAUUGAAAACAUUAUCCUAUGAAGAGAGCACAUUAAUGCCUUUAAUAGAAUCCAAUCAUGGUUCUUCGUCAAUUUCAUCGAAUUCUAGCAACACCAUUGAUUUCCUCGACGGUACCAGAGCGCCUGAAGCUUUCAUAAGACCUUAUUUUGAAUACACGAAUGGCACACCGCUUUACAUGGACUAUUCAAUAUCGAAAAAGUCAUUCCAAGGUAGAAUUGGAUACAACUCCCAAGUAAAGGAAACAAAUGUUACUGAAAUCUUUAUACCUAGGUACUUCUUCAAAAAUCCUAAAGUGGAUAUCUCUGAAGGUGAUUAUGAGAUAGACAAGGAUAGAAUAUAUUGGAGAUAUAAUUUCAACAAUAAAUCAGAUAAAUUAAUAACCAUAACAGACAUAACAGAAUCAAAUAUACCACAGACAUCAAUAACGAACAAGAUUGCAAGAUUAUUUUCAAACAUUAUG